CUCAACCACCACACAACACUCACUCAACUACAACACUCGCCACACCACACUCACCCACUCACUCAACCACCACACCACACUCACUCAACCACCACACCACACUCACCCACUCACUCAACCACCACACCACACUCACUCAACUACCACACUCGCCACACCACACUCAACCACCACACUCACCCACUCACUCAACCACCACACCACACUCACUCAACCACCACACCACACUCAACCACCACACUCACCCAACCACCAACACCACACUCACCCACUCACUCAACCACCACACCACACUCACUCAACCACCACACUCACUCAAGCCACCACACUCACCACACCACACUCACCCAACCAUCACACUACACUCACCCACUCAACCACCACACCACACUCACCCACUCAACCACCAUACCACACUCACUCAACCACCACACUCACCCAACCACCACACCACACUCACCCACUCACUCAACCACCAACACCACACUCACUCAACCAUAGGGUCACCAAUAUCCGCCAUUCGGCACUAAGUGACGGUGACGUUACCACGGGGUCUGUGCCAGGCAAGGUGCACUUUGUGGCCACGUGAAGUAACGAAGGCUCGCUGACAAGGAGGUCUCGGGACAGACCCAGACGUCCUUCUCGCAAAUAAAUGGCAGACCAGGGGAAACACAGCGGGGCUCGGCCUGGCCGAAGCUUUGCUUGCAGAUUUGAGGAAGAAGUCGGGGAAAAGGACUUGGAUGUGUGGAACCCCAUGAGAGAAGAUUUCAAAAAUGUUAGCUUCAACAGCUACAACCGAGGACCGGGAGCCCGACUACCGAUGUGGGCACAGCCGGCAAACAGCUGCAUGGCAGAAAAUGGAAUUCCUGACCGAACGGCCAACUCAAGCACGGUAAAAUCCAUGCAAAUUUUUGUCAACUGCCUUCCUCAGGAAAUGACUGAGGAGGCUAUGAAGAAGCUUUUCAGCCAAUCAGGAGAUGUGCUCUAUGUGAAGAAGAUAUUGAAGAAACAUGGACCUUUUCACACAGCUUGCGGGUUCGUAGUGUUCUCGAAGCUCAGCGAGGCUAUGGAUGCCAUCCGCCGAUUCAACCGCUUCCAAAUUGGGUCAUUCACUUUGCAGGUGUCGUUCUCUCGGGAGAAUGACACCUGCAAAAAGCAGCAGGAGGAAUCAUUUCUUCUUGAGGACGAAACCAUGAAAGCAUCAAAUGCCAGCAGUGGUACGGUGGGGAAAUCGGAAGUAUACGGUGCCCAAGUGGAGCCCAAAACAGCCGUGCAGAUGGCGGCCGCAACUCCAGCGGUGCAGAGCAUCCCCGGGAUAUCGUUGGACGACCUCGGCCUGCAGUUCGUCCCGCACGGAGAAGCCAUCCAGUGCAUGGUGACGGAGUGGCAGAAUCCCGGGCGAUUCUACGUGCAGCAAUUGACCUCGGGAACGGAGACCGGCUUGCGGGAGCUGCUCGCCCUGUGCCAGGGCCCCGAUGGGGUCGGGGGCCCUCCUACCCGGCCCGGCUACCGGCCUUGGAAGGGGGACGUGUGCGCCGCACUCUUCUCGCAGGACCAGGUGUGGUACCGUGUGGUGGUGUCAGAGGUUGACGAAGCCCGUGGGUGCAUCCUCGCCUACUUCCUGGACUAUGGCAGCUGGGAGGAGGUGGCCUUUGAGAACGUGCGCCCACCGCCAGAGGAGUUCCGCAAACACCCUCCCUACACGCUGCAGUGCAGCCUGACUGCGGUGCGACCCCGCUCCGGCGGGUGGAGCGAUGACGUGCUGCAGCUGCGGGUGUUGCUGCUGAACCAGACGCUCGUGCUCAGGGUGGAGGAGUACGACGAGGCCACCAGGACGUACAUGGUGGACCUGGAGAUGCCCAUCACCGGCCGCUCACUCCGCGAGUCUUUGCUGGAGGAAGGGAUUUGCGUUGCAGAAUCCGUCACCAGCUGCAGUGCGGCUCCCUCGGCCCCUCUCGAGGGCAUCGGCCCAGGCCAGGAUGCUGGCCCCACUGCCGACACCGGGGCUGUUGGUGAGGACGAGAAGGCGAGCGGGGUUGGUGCCGACGUUAGCUCCGGCGUGGAGCUAGAAAGAGGCGCGUCCGCGAGACUCCCCUGCGUGGGAGAGUCUUUCAACGUUGUGGUCGGAGACCUUGUCAAUCCGGGCCUCUUCUACUGCCAGCGCACGGAGUUUGCCGAAGAGCUGGCUAAGGUGAUGGCGAUGGUCGCGUGCCUCGGCUCCGAGCCGGAGCCUCCCAAGGUGUCGCCGUGUGUCGGACAAGUCGUCUCGGCGCAGUACUUGGAGGAUAACGUGUGGUACCGAGCCAUGAUCCUGGACGUGGUAAGCGAGGACACGGUGAAAGUUUGCUACAUGGACUUUGGCAACUGCGAGUGCCUGAAGGUGUCCCGCCUGCGGGCCAUCCCGCAUGCGCUGCUGAAGUUGCCCGCCCAAGCCCUGCGGUGCUGCCUGUCAGGCAUCCGGCCGGUGUGCGACGCGUGGAGCGUGGAGGCGACGGGGCUGCUGGUGGGGCUGGUGAGCGGCGAGAUCCUGCGCGCCCGCGUGGUGGCGCGCGACGCGCGCACGUCGACGCUCGAGGUGAAACUCGGGCUCGCGGAGGACCCCGUGUGCGACUUCUCCGAGUUGCUCGUCAGGCACGGGGUGGCUGCGCUCGCGGCGCCCGACGAAAUCUCGCCGCCUCCGUCUGCUGCUCAUUGCAUCAUGGAGUUUCCCGUAGGGGUCCAGUUCUCUGUCACGGUCACGGACGUACAGCACCCUGGUCACUUCUAUUGCAUCCGGCUUGUCGACAGUGAAAUCCAGGCUCUCCAGGAGGUGCUGGUGGAGGUGGCCUCGUAUUGCGACCGCACGAAGCCACAGCCGGACUUCCUGCCCAAGCCGGGGCAGCUGUGCUGCGCGCGCUACAGCAGCAACGGGAGCUGGUACCGUGCACGCGUGCUGGCCUGCGACGGGGAGCUCGUGCGCGUCGAGUACCCCGACUUCGGCAACAGCGAGGAGGUGGGGGUGCAGGACCUGAGGCCUCUCGACGGGGACGGCCACCUGCUGCGCUGCCCCUUCAUGGCCUUCCGCUGCAGCCUGGCGGGCGUGCUGCCCGUCGACUCUGACUCUUGGUCGCCGGAGUCCACGGAGGCGCUGCUCAACCUCGUGUCCGACCGGUGCCUGCGUGCCACUGUGAUGGCACCGCGGGCCGGAGACGCGGUCCCUGUGGACCUGCAGGACAUGACGGCGCAGCAGGAGGACUCGAGCCAGGCGGCGCCUGACGCACACAAGUCUGUGGCGCACCAGCUGGCGCUCAUGGGUCUGGCCGUGCUGGCGGAAGGGCCUGGCGACCUGCCGGAGGAUCGAGAGCCCACGGUCCGGGUGUGCGGCGUCCGGUGCGGGUCGAACUCCGUCAGCGACGGCAGCUCGGUCGAGGCAAUCGCGACGCUGGACGAUCGUCUCCCCGGUGUUCCGCCCACCGAUGCAUGCGACCGGCAACAUCCCGGCGCCGUCGCUGAAGGUGCGGAGGUGGCGCUGGCUUUGGGUGAAUCGAGAGCUGCGGACGAUCCCUCGGUUGAAGCCCCGGCCGUCCCUGAGGGAUUUGUCGUUAAUGACCCGCCGGUCCUACUUCAAGGGGUCCUGUCCGAGAUUCUGACCGAGGUGACGGAGGCCGUGAAGAUGUUGGAGCCGCUGAUGGAAGCGAAGAGGAAACUUGAACGCGUCGUCAAGCUCAUCCAACGAUCCUUGGAGGAGGAGGCCCAUGAGUAGUGAUUGUUGUCGAUCGUUAACAGGAUGGGAAAAAAUUCUUAUUUGGUGACUAUUCUUACCAAACCAGGAUUCGGCAAAUGAGUUUGUGUGCAAGUGUUUAAUAUCCCAGUUAUUAUAUUCUUGGUUCUUUCGGUAAAGUCCCGUAGAAGGGAAAUAAUAAAAUAAUAAAAAUGUAAAACAAUACAAAUUCUUACGACCCCUCUUCUUGGUUCU